AUGAUGAAAGGCAAGGCCAACCAAGCAAGAAGCACUAGCAAUAGCUAUGUUACUUCUAGUAGUGGUGGAUGCUCUAUGAGGGAAGACCCAGUAGCUCCUCCUGCUCUCAUGUCCUUUUUGGGGAAUCUGUUGGAAACGGCUUUGGCCAAGUCUCAACAGCAAGCUCAACAACAGCAAGAACAAGAACAACGGCCAGAUCGCCACUCGUUUGUGAUUGUAUCGGACAAUGCCCGGUCUCAUCCCAAGCAUUCCCGCACGUGUCCGUUUCGCGACAUGGAUUCUUCCAUUCCUCGCGUCUCGUCGUGUCCGGGCAGUUUGAAGAGUGCCGUCUAUUGCUGUUCGCCUCUUUCUUCUUCUUCUUCUGGUGCAAUGCCACGAGUUGCUAGUAUGGGAGAUUUGGGCUCGGCUUGUCGAUGGGCCGCCAAUGUCGAUGAAACGGGUGCCGUACGACCACCGUUGCGGACAGACGACGAUGAUGAUGAAGACUUUGGGUCGUUUGUCGUGCUCUCGGAUGACGAAGAUGAGGAUGAUGAUGGUGAUGAUGACAUGCCCAUGAUGAUGAUGAGCAGGGGAGUGAAAAGUCCAGAACCAUCUUCUGUCAAUCUGAAAGCGUUGGCCGUCUCUCCCACAUCCACUGCCAUUCAUCUCAUCCACUAG